GGUCCGGUAGCUUAAGACCUGCGUCCCGUGCAACUCUCGACUUUAACCGGCAAUCGCCCAACAAUCUGCCAAGAUGGGUAUUAAGAAUCUCUACCAAGUCAUCUCCGAAAAUGCCCCCGACGCGAUCAAGACGGGGGAGAUCAAGAAUCACUUCGGCCGCAAGGUCGCAAUUGAUGCAUCCAUGAGCAUCUACAGUUUCCUAAUCGCAGUGCGAUCCGAAGGCCAGCAGCUCAUGAGUGAGUCUGGCGAGACAACGUCGCACCUGAUGGGCAUGUUCUACAGAACCCUGCGUAUGGUCGACAACGGUAUCAAGCCUCUCUACGUCUUCGACGGUGCCCCGCCCAAGCUCAAGUCCGGCGAAUUGGCCAAGCGAGGCGCACGCAAGGCGGAAGCAACUGAGGCACAUGAGGAAGCCAAGGAGACCGGUACCGCAGAGGAAGUCGAAAAGUUCUCGCGGCGGACGGUGCGGGUAACCCGCGAGCACAAUGCCGAGUGCAAGAAGCUGUUGAAGCUGAUGGGCAUUCCCUACAUCGAUGCGCCGACCGAGGCAGAGGCACAGUGCGCCGUACUGGCGCGCGCGGGCAAGGUCUAUGCUGCUGCGUCUGAGGACAUGGAUACCCUGUGUUUCGAGGCACCGAUUCUGCUGCGCCACUUGACGUUUAGUGAGCAGCGGAAGGAGCCUAUUCAAGAGAUUCACCUGAGCAAGGCGAUGGAAGGGCUUGACAUGGACCGCAAGCAGUUCAUUGACCUCUGCAUCCUCCUCGGCUGUGACUAUCUCGAGCCCAUCCCCAAGGUGGGCCCAAGCACGGCACUCGCCCUUAUCCGCGAACAUGGCAGUCUCGAAAAGGUCACCGAGUUCAUGAACAACGACCCGAAGAAGAAAUACGUGAUCCCCGAAGACUGGCCAUACCAGGACGCGCGUGAGCUAUUCGCCAACCCGGACGUGCGCGACGCGAACGACCCAGCCUGCGACUUCAAGUGGGAGGCGCCGGACGUGGAGGCUCUGGUGCAAUUCCUAGUGACGGACAAGGGUUUCAACGAGGACCGCGUGCGUAAUGGCGCUGCACGCUUGACCAAGAACCUCAAGAGUGCGCAGCAGUCCCGGUUGGAGGGCUUCUUCAAGCCGGUCGCACGCACGGAUACGGAGAAGGCUAAUCUCAAGCGGAAACAUGACGAGAAGCUGCAGGAGCAGAAGAAGCGCAAGAAGGACGAGGCCAAGGCAAAGAAGGAGGCCAAGGCUAAGCCUCGUGGUGCGAAUUAAUUUCUCUGUUCUCGAUUGAUGAUUUUCGACUUGGGGGCUGCGAUGCGGGUGCCAUUUCUUCUCGGCAAGGAUGUCUGUCUCACCAGCGUCCCCCUUGUCCAGGCGGAUAAAAUCUUCGUUUUUCUAUUUUAUCGGUCUUUCUAUGAGCUAGGCGUUGGAGUUAAAUCGGUUUUCCUUUUCCCUCCGUGGUGGUGCUUUUUUGAUGAUCUUGGUCGGGGGUGGACACUGGCCCGCGAGUGAUUCCAUCCGGCCUCCCCGAUCACCCUGAUCCAUGGCAUGGAGUCUAGCAUCUCAUACCUGCGAAAUUUCCAAAUAUUUUUCAGAUGAAUAGGUAGUUCUUGCAAUUUCUUAUCUACCUGCAAAUACCACAUAUGUCUAUUCAUGAUCGUGCUCGUAGGAUCAGAAUAUCACUUCUUCGGCGUGGUACAAAAGAUGCUCACUCUUGUGACUGAUCCUUG